CCUAAUAAAAGCGCCUCGACGACCGAGACAGCUGCGAUUCCUGCAACUUUUGCAUCAUGGCUUUGAGGGAAUGGAGGGCUUUUUCCCACGUCGUGUCCUUCUUGGCUCUUUGCAGCAGCGUUGUGGCGUUUGUGCCCCGUGUGCACACCAGCACCAAGUACCAGGCGGCCGUGUCGGUGCCUGGUGCCGCUGAGAUGCCUGAGGAGGCUAGCUCGUGGUCCCCUCUCUUUGCUGGCGCCAGUGUGGGCUAUGCCGUGGCCGCGGUGAGCACUGUGCUCCGACAGGGCCGUGUGGCCAGGAAGGCUGAGCAACAAACCCCAGCGGUUGCCAGGACCCCUGUGGCUUAUCCCAUCUUCACCUUCCGCUGGCUUGCAGUUCAUGCCCUCGUGGUCCCCACCGUCUUUUUCCUCGGUGCGAUCAGCUCCAUGCAGUUCAUCCAGCGCUGAGUCGACGGGCUGCGGCGACUUUUUAUGGCAGAAAAGGGGAGAGGGCGGGGUUCCGGGGCAGGCUUCUUGGAGC